AUGGUAGAGCGCUCGCUUAGCAUGCGAGAGGUAGAUUACCAUGCAGCACUUACCAAGUCUCUGUUGUAUUUUGAGGGUCAACGCUCUGGAAAGUUGCCGGAUAAUAAUAAGCUGCAGAGAGUGCAAUGGCGUGGAGAUUCUGCACUCAAAGACGGCGCUGAUGCUGGAAUUGAUCUGGUGGGAGGAUACUACGAUGCCGGAGACAAUCUCAAGCUAGGGUUUCCAAUGGCAUUCACAAUAACAAUGUUGUCGUGGAGCCAAAUAGAGAUGGGCAGCCAACUCAAGGCAAAGCAAGAGCUCACAAAUGUGUUGCAUGCCAUCAAGUGGGGAACGGAUUACUUGAUCAAAGCGCAUCCCAAGCCUGAGGUGCUCUACGCGCAGAUCGGUGAGCCUGAUUCCGACCAUGGAUGUUGGCAAAGGCCGGAAGACAUGGCCACCCCAAGAACCGCCUUCAAGAUUGAUGACCAACAUCCUGGCUCCGAUCUUGCUGCCGAAACUGCUGCUGCUUUUGCCGCAGCUUCAAUCGCUUUCAAGAAUUCGGACUAUCAAUACUCAUCCAAGCUUCUAACGCACGCGAAACAGCUUUUUGAUUUUGCAUGCAAUCACCCCGGUCUUUAUCAGGACAGCAUCCCUUCUGCCGGAAAAGUCUACGCCAGUAGUGGCUAUCAUGAUGAACUGUUGUGGGCAGCAGCAUGGCUACAUCGUGCUACAAAUGAAAAAAGGUACCUGGAUCACGUUGAGCAAGCAGAAGACGUAGGGGGAACAAGAUCCGAAUUCUCAUGGGAUGACAAAUACGUUGGCGCACAGAUCUUGAUUGCAAGACUUGUAUUGGAGGGAAAGGUUGAGAAUGGAGGAAAGUGGGCCGCAUGCAAGAGCCACGCAGAGGAGUUCAUAUGCUCGUGCAUUCAGAAAGGGAACACCAAAGUGCCGCAGACACCCGGUGGCCUGUUAUGGUUUUCGUCCUGGGAUAACAUUCAAUACGUAGCCACCGCUACCUUCGCCACCAUUGUCUAUUCCAAUUAUUUGGCCACCAAAUAUGGCUCCCUCAACUGUGCUGCUGGCAACGCUAAUCCUUCUGAUCUUAUUGUAUUCGUCAAAUCACAGGUGGAUUAUAUAUUGGGGUCAAACCCCAAUAACAUGAGUUACAUGGUUGGAUAUGGAGGAAACUAUCCACAGCGGAUUCAUCACAGAGGAGCAUCAAUAAUAUCGAUCAAGAAGGACUCGACACCAGUGACAUGCAAAGGAGGGUACGCCGAUUGGUUCAACAGAGAAGCAGCGAAUCCAAAUGUCCUGGAUGGAGCAGUCGUGAGUCCAAAUGAAAAUGAUGGCUUCUCCGAUGAAAGAAGCAAUUUUCAACAUGGUGAACCCACAACAUAUAACAAUGGACCACUAGUUGGUGUCUUGGCUCACUUUGCUUAA